AUGUCCAUCGACAUCAAUGAUGGUCUUCCAGGUCCUUUCAUCGACAGUAACGAUGAAGACGGAAAUCCCGACGUUUCCGUCGACGCAGAUGACUACGCCGAGACGGCCGCGGGGGAUGUUCCGUCCGAUGCCAAUUCCAGGACGUAUCAGAGCGAGGAGGCCUUUCAGCGAGAGAUGGCAGGAUACGUCGCGAAAGUGGACGAUGGUAAUAUGCUUGCGGCGCUGAUCAAGGCGGUGCCUUGUUUGGCGGUUGAUGAGCUCAGCUCACAUCACGUGGAGAACGGCGAGGGCACGAGAAAUGGCGAAUGUAAAGACGCAAAUCAUCCUGCUCGGAAUCUCGAGGACGACAUGAAUGGCGAAGGAAGGUUAAUGAAGAUCAAGCUAUCUAAGCGUGAGAUUCAAUUGUUGGGAUACACGGCUGGGGAAUUGUACUUUCUAAAAGAAUUCUCAAAGCUCAGAAGUUUAUGCCGCGUGGUGUCAGCAGAGUGUGAGGUCGAUACCAAACUCCAAAGUAGCUUGAAGAAAUGGGAAGAGAGAUGCCAGAGGAGGGUCGAGCAAGCAAUCUGA